CUUUAUAUAUUUUUAUUUUAUGGACAAACCAAGACGACUGCCCUGUCUACAACAGCUCUCUUUUUCUUCUGCUUCUUCUUCUUCUUCUUCCUACCACUAGCAGAAAACCAAAUCCUUCACACAUAGAAAUAGACUGAAUUCAAUUUAAACCCUCCAAAACACCAUUUCAUUCAUUUCUUACACAAACCAUGGAAUCUGCAGCUAGUGAUCAUUCGAUUCACAACUGCAGAUCAAUCGAGCGGCCUCUACUUUCUCCGGAAACAGCCGUUGAUCACGAUAAUCACGGGAAGCGGAUUGUUGAUGAGUUGGACUUCUUUGCUGAUAACAAGGGUCGUCUGAUGGAAAUGAGAGAUCAGACGGUUGAGGUUAAAGAAGAAGGCGCACAUGAUCAUCACGGCGUUGGUCAAGAAAAGCAACUACCCGACGUAAAUACUGGUUUAAAUCUUCUCACAACAUACACCAGUAGCGACAAAUCAUCCAUGGAUGAUGGAACUUCAUCGUCCCAUACUAUGGAAGACAAGCAUAGAACAAAUGAGUUGGCAGUUCUUCAGGCUGAAUUAGGCCGUAUGAGUGUAGAAAAUCAACGGCUGAGAGUUAUGAUUAGCCAGGUGAACAACAAUUACCAGGCAUUACAGGUGCAAAUUGUGACACUGAUGCAACGCCAGCAAAAUCAAAAGGCUGAUCAUCAAACUCCAGAACAACACCAGAUGAUCAAUAAUGGGUCAGUCGUGUUAGAAGAGAAGCAGAUGAUGAACGGGUUCAACCAUAUUGUUCCAAGGCAAUUUAUGGAUAUGGGCAGGGCUGAGAAAGAUGAGCUUUCACAGUGUUCUUUGGAAGGCUGCAGAUCCCAAGAUUGUUCCGGGUCGCCUCCACAAAACGACAUCGUUGAGUCAAUGGAAUUCUGCAAGAGUACUAGUCAUGUACUUCACAGGGAUCUUAGUGGAAGAAUUAGUACUACUAAUGGGGGAGAAGAUAGCCCUGACCAAGAGUUUCAAGGGUGGGUUCCUAAGAAAGUGUCCAAGAUGAUGAGUCCCAGGGACGUGGAUCAAGCCUCAUCAGAAACCAUGUCCAUGAUUAAGAAAGCCCGCGUUUCUGUUCGGGCACGAUCUGAUGCGUCCAUGAUAUCUGAUGGAUGCCAAUGGAGAAAGUAUGGUCAGAAAAUGGCUAAAGGAAACCCAUGCCCUCGAGCUUAUUAUCGUUGUACCAUGGGAACUGGUUGCCCAGUUCGCAAACAGGUGCAAAGAUGUGCAGAAGACCGAACUAUACUGGUAACAACCUACGAAGGCCACCACAACCAUCCACUCCCUGCUGCUGCAAUGGCAAUGGCGUCUACAACAUCAGCAGCAGCAUCAAUGCUACUAUCAGGCUCAAUGCCUAGUGCUGAUGGCCUAAUAAGCUCAAACAGCUUCCUGGCAAGAAGUGCCCUACCAAACUGCCCACCAAGUUUGGCAACACUCUCAGCUUCAGCACCAUUUCCCACUGUCACAUUGGACCUCACUCGAACUCCAACUUCCUCAGAGAUGCCACUUGGCCAGCCAAACCAGCUGCCUCCAAGUUUUCCUCAAAACAUGAUGUCUGUGCCACAAAUUCUAGGUCAAGCCCUUUCCAGCCAAUCGAAAUUCUCAGUUCUCGAUAGCUUUCAGGGAUUGGAUAGCGCUACACACUCAUUGGCUGACAAAGUCAAUGCAGCAACAGCGGCCGUCACAGCUGACCCUAACUUCACAGCGGCUCUGGUAGCAGCCAUCACCUCUAUCAUUGGCAAUGUUCAUUCAAACAAUAAUACCAACAACAAUAUUACAACAAGAAACAAUAGUGAUAGCAAUACAUGAAAUUAAAGUCGUUUUCUUUGGUAGUAAUAAUAGAUGUGCA